ACAUCCUGUAGCUGGAGAAACGUGCUUGAAAGAGAGAGAGAGAUGUAUUCCAAAGUACUCCCUACCCUCCCAGUUCUUCGGAGCUUUUCAGGGAUAAAACACACACGCCCGCACGUGAACAUGGGAAACUAGUUAGGACGAGUAAUCUGAGAUAAAUGAGUGAGAAAGAGUGUGGGAAAGAACAAAAAAGCACAGAGACCGCAUCACGCAGACAUUCCUCAGGGUUCCCAGCAGGGAGACGAGGAGAAAAAACGUCCCAGCGCACAUCUGCAGGAGAAAAGGGGAGGAACAGACAGGCAGCGAGACCUCAGAGCCGCAGGCAGAGAAAGGACGACGCUUAAGGAGCGAUUUAAAGAAAGCGUGCUGGUUUAUGUGAUGGCCUUGGAGGUCCAGCGUCCAGACCUACGAGCAGCAGUGGCCCCUGACUCUGAGGAAGAGGGCUAGAGACUCCCGUCACCCCAACGACCCUCAAGACACAAGAAUGAGUGGCGAUGUCCUCUAGCUAACCCCUUACAGCGUUCAUGCCGCUCAGCGUUUAGCGUGCACGUGUACCCGUGGACGUUUCAGGUAUUUGAGAGGCGUAUGGCCGUGCGCAGGCUGGUGGUGGUGGCGGCGGCGGUGGCCCUGCUUUCUCUGGUGCUCAACAACGUGGCGACAUUCAGCUCCAAUUGGGUGCUACAGGUGCUGGAGGACGGACGGAGGCGAAGUGUCGGGCUCUGGAGAGCAUGUGCGCACGAGGACACGCACACUCACGAGCCCACACCCUGCCAGAGACUCAGCUGGGGAUCGGAGCUCGCGGGGUACCAGGAGUCACGCAGCACUGUCAAACUUCAGUUUGACAUGAUGCGGGCAUGUAACCUGAUGGCUACGGUGGCUCUGACCGUGGGUCAGCUAAUCUUCCUGUUUGGGUUACUGGAGAUAAGCCACAUUACCCAGGAUUCUCAGUGGUGGGAGGAGGCCAUCGCUGCCCUGUUCCAGUUAGCCAGUUUUGUGCUGGUGAUCGGUCUCGUGACAUUCUACAGGAUUGGCCCCUACACUCACCUGUCCUACUCUUGCUAUGUAAACAUUGCUGCAUGCUUGUUCGCCACACUGGCGGCUGCCAUGUUAAUCUGGAAUAUUCUGCAUCGCCGUGACGACUGUCUGUCACCGCCUGUCAUUGUCAUCAGUCGAUCUUUGACCACACCCUUCAGGCCACGCCUAGACAAUGACUAUGUAGAGUCACCGUGCUGACACACAAAGACACAUCUCACCUGAGACAAAACACAUGAUGGAUAUUUAGAUGGGAUGGACACAAAAGCCCAUGGAGAGGAUUUCAGAAACUUUAUGUGAAAUUGAUCUCUUGCCUAAAGGGACAGUUUACCCAAAAAUGAAAAUUUGCUGUUAAUUUAACUCACCCUCAGGCCAUCCAAGAUGUAGAUGGUCUUUUUUUCUUCAGUAGAAUAGAAAAGAAGUUUUUAGCGGAAACCGUGGUCCUUGGGGAUUUGUAUAAUGCAAGUCAACUGCUACCGUCACUUUGGGAGUCAAAAAAAUCAUAUACAGCUCCUGACGAUACAUUGAGGUCUUAUGAAGUGAAACAAUCGGUCUGUGCAAGAAACUGAACAUUAUUAUCUGUAAUCCAAAGCCUCAGUAAACGAUCCUGAGCGCGUCCACGCAUUAUGACGUGUUUUUUUGACUCCCAAAGUGAUGAUAGCCAUUGACUUGCAUUGUACAAAUCACCAAGGACUACGGUUUACGCUAAAAAAUCUUCUUUAUUGUUCUACUGAAGAAAAAAGACACCUACAUCUUUGAUGGCCUGAGGGUGAGUAAAUUUACAGCAAAUGUUCAUUUUUGUGUAAACUGUCCCUUUAAGGACAAGGGCAGUGAUCAUGUGACUGCAAAAAGUGACUGGCUUCGGACUGAAUGGAAGACUUUCAAAAUUCCUUUUAAACAGAAGCAGGACUAUGGAUUGUGAAGCGACAGAUAAAGAUCAAGCUGGACCUUGACACGUUUAUGUUCAUAAGCGCACUUAUGAGAAAGUAGAAGCACAUUCGUAUCCACAUGUAUCUAUUAUAAUUCUAUGAAACACGGAGCAUCAGAUUUCAAAAGAAGUCUAGGCAUUGAAUAUUGCUCCCAUGUCAAUUGAAUUUAGUCAUUUACAGGCCGGCAUGGAAUCUGCACUUUUAUACUUUUAUACACUUAUUUUCUGUGCUAAUUUAAGAGGAAAAAUCUACAGAAGGGAUUUAAAUAGAUGAAUUUCACACCUAUUUUAUGUCCAUUUCCAAAUCACAUUUUACUUUAAAAUAAAUAUAUAUAUAUAUAUUGCAUAAAGAAAAUUAAGUCUAUUUUAGGACUAUUUGAAUUUCAGCUUUUCAGGGGGUAAUUUUGCUUAAAUUUGCUUAAUUGCUUCAUUUUGUUUAAGCAAAAUAUAAUCUUUUCUUUACUGUGAGAUAAGACACCCAAUCAUAGUAAAAAAAUGUGUUAAACAGAGCUGAUAUUAUUAUCAAAUUAUUUCUAAAUAUUCAAUCUAAUAUGUGAGGGGACGAGAAGGAAAUCUGGUAGAGCAGAUUCUGUGCAGGUCUGGGCAUUUGGUACCAAAAUAAUUUUAGUGACUUCUGCCUGUUCAUUCAUCUCCAAGUGACAAUUCAUCUGAUAUUAUAUAAUCUACAAGACACCCAUGAGGAAACUCUGCAUUGUAACCAUUAAGGAGGAGAUGAUCUGAAUCUGAUCAUAAUUUUAUGAUAAACUGGAACUAUAUCAGUUCAGUAUACAGUAGACACAAUAUUUGUUAACCUGUGCCUGUGGUACCCAUAUAUGUGUAUAAUACAGAGGUAUAUUAAUUAUAUUAUUAAAAUUUCACAUUUCACACUGA